AGCAAACUAGUUGCUCAAUUCCUUUUGUAAAGAGCUGGAGUUCAGCCGUUUGCCAAAAUGAACCUGAGUAGUGGGUUGAUCUGGGGCCAGCUGGGCCUUGUGGCAGUGCUUGCGCUUGGAACCACUUGCUGGCAUUUCUAUCGGGACAGGGUGGCCAUCCGUGUUCGCCAAAGAUGCACCAAGGAAAGUGGUGGCUUCGGAAAGACUCUGGUCUUUCACUCCCCAGACAAUGUGCCCAGGAACUUCGUUCAGUACGGCUACCGCAGCAAUCUUUGUGGCACAAUUUGCGUAUACUGCUGGCUUGUUUUGCCCUUGGCUGGGUAUGUGGUCAUGAUGUGGGGCUGCUACAUUGCUUAUGUGAUCUCCGAUGGCAUUCCAUUUCCUCCUGGAGUUGACUAUUGGAAAGAAACCUUUGCCUCCCCGCAUGCCAGUUCCUGGAAUGGUCUCAUGCUGCCUUGGUGCGUUUGGUUCACCAUUGUCCACAUCAGCGCAGGGGUGGCUUCGAAGUUUUACACCGCCAUGAGCGCCCACUCCAUGCUUCCAUGCAGCAACAUGGAGGACGCGACGCAUCUCAUUGUGGAUGAGCAAGUCUACGUUGACCCCGAUGAUGUGGCAGACCCAGAUGAGACACAGGCAGAGGACUCCUGGAUUUCUAAGAAGAUGGCACGUUGCACACAGCGGGUGAAGCGAGCAAAAGCUCGUCAAGUGAUGAAGAUCCAGGAGGAUGAAGAUGGCACCCGCCAUGUAGAGUACACUUGUGUGCGGUACAUUUACAGUGAGGACUCCAGAUCUUUUGUUCCAAUCGGUUUGAUAGAGGCAAAUCCACCGGAGGCCCAUGCUACCUUAGCAAGAGGUGGCUUGUCAAAUGAAGCUGCAGCUGAGUCCUUGGCAGCUUGCGGAUCAAACUCCAUACACGUGCAUGUGCCAGGCAUUCUGGAGGCUUUGGGAUCAGAGUUCUCUGACUUUACCUACAUCUUCAACUCUAUUGGCAGUUGGGCCUACGUCGCGUACUCCACAUGGAACAUUGGCUUUGUGUGGCUCUUCAUGAUGCUGGGCUCUGGUCUCUACCGGGCUCUGUUUAUCGUUCGGCCCAAUCAAAGAAAGAUUGCCGAGAUGGCAGCCAUGAAGCAGAACUGCAUCGUGCUGAGAGAGGGCAGGUGGCAGAAGAUAGAUGUCUCUGAGAUUGUUUUGGGAGACAUUGUGCAAGUUCAGGAUGGCAACAAUGCAAAGCUGCCGUGUGACGGGAUCUUGUUGCAAGGCAGUCUGAUUGUGAAUGAGUCCAUGCUCACAGGAGAGCCAAUGCCUAUUGCCAAAGCUCCCGUUGAGAACAGCUCCAACUACCGAGUCACGGACAAGCUCAAUAGAGCUUAUGCUGGGACCCUGGCUCUCGAGUCAACAGGGCCUGGUGAAGGCAAGUCAAUACUUUACUGUACCAAUAUUGGAGCGUUAACAACUCGCGGCCAAUUGGUUCGAAUGGUGCUGUUCCCUGCGAGCGUGAAAUUCAAGUACAACGACCAGCUUCCAAUCGUUUACGGGCUAAUGAGCAUCUAUGUGGCCAUCAUCGUGAUUGUGCUCCUCACUUGCUCUGACAUUGGCUCUGCUGUGGCUACAUAUCUCACCGUGUUAUGCACUGUGGCGAUGGCAUUGAACCCCAUGCUUCCAGUGUCCAUGGUCAUGGGCCAAUCUGUGUCUGCCGGACGUCUUGAUGAUCCCAAAGGAAAGUAUCAGAUUAAGUGCCUCCAGCCCGGGAGGAUCCCUAUCGCUGGCAAAAUCUCAACCAUGGUGUUCGACAAAACGGGCACCAUUACUAAAGGAGGCAUGGACUUUGCUGGAGUAUACGGUGUCAGCGGAGGACGCUUCAGCGACAAGGUGCAGUUCGACGACAUGGAUCCCGAGAGUGAGGAGAACCGUACCAUUAUCGACACCCCAACGGUGGUGCCACCAGUGUUGCGACGAGGACUUGCUACUUGCCACACUGUGAAGCAACUGGGCAGCACAGGUGCUUUGGUCGGCAACCAAGUGGAGUGUGCGAUGGUCCGGACGGUUGGCUGGAACUUGGGGAAGCAGCAGAUGACCUCACCCCAGGGCGAGGUCUUGCGAAUCGUGAGGGAGCUCGAGUUUGACCAUCACAGCAUGACCAGCGGGGCUGUGGUGCGAGAUGGCAACCAACGCCUGGAGGUGUUCAUCAAAGGCAGCUAUGAGAAGAUCAAGUCGCUGGCCUUGCCGCAGACUGUGCCUCCAAAUUAUGAUCAGAUCACCAUGCAGUGUGCCAAGCAAAACUACUACACUUUAGGGAUCUCCAACAAAGAUCUCGGUCCAAUGUCAGAUGAGCAAGUGCGCAACCUGCCACGCGAGCUCCUUGAACGGGAUGUGAGCAUUUGUGGCCUGUUGCUCUUCCGAAAUGAGAUGAAGGCUGACUCACCUGAUGCGAUUGAAAGCUUGAAAGAGGGUUCUGUACGCUCAGUGAUUUGCACCGGUGAUAAUGAACUUACUGGCAUUGCCAUUGGCAGGCUUUGUGGAAUUGUCACAUCAUCCAUUUGCUUGCGCGGCACCAUGGAGAAUGGAAAAUUGGUGUGGAAUGAUCCGGAUAACGAGGGCCGUUCAGUCUCGCCUGAGUUCCCGGACCCUCAUUGCCAGCUGGCCUUGACAUGUUCAGCCUGGCGUUAUUUGCACCAAGAGAAGAAGCAGCUGGAAGGCUUGUGGCCUCGUUGCGUGGUCUUUGCCCGCAUGAAGCCCGAUGACAAGAUCAACGUGGUGAAGUACUUGCAAGGCCGUGGCCUGGUCGUCGGCAUGGCCGGGGACGGUGGCAACGAUUGCGGUGGCCUUCGUGCGGCACAUGCCGGCUUGGCCCUCUCCGAUGCGGAGGCCUCCAUGGUGGCUCCCUUCUCCACCGGCCGCCUGGGAACAGGAGCAGCAAAACACGACAUUUCCUUGACCACUGUGCCGGAUUUGAUUAGAGAAGGCCGCUCCUGCCUGUCUAGAAACAUGGCAACCUUCACAUACUUCAUGGUCUACGCCUUUUUGCUGACAGCAUUGCGGACCUUCUACAUUGUAUUCCUCAACUUGAGCCUUGGAGAGUGGGUUUGGAUGACCAAUGACAUUGGCAUUGGUGUCAUCAUGAUGUUCUUCAUGACGCAAAGCUGGGCUAGGCCAACCUUGGCCAAGUACAGACCCACUGCAACUCUCUUGGGUUUUCGGACGGUCUCCGGUGUCCUAGUUCCCUACGGUUUGGGCUGCAUCCUGCUGGCCGUCCUGACGGUGAUUUUGCACCACACUGCUUGGUAUGACCCCUUGAAUCCUAGCUGGAUCCAUGUACUUCCAAAGGAUUGGAUGAAGAAGGGUGACAACUACGACAGUGCCAUUGGUGUUCUGAUCCUUUUCAUUGUGCUUAGCACCACAGCUUAUGUCAACACCUAUGGAGGUGAUUUCCGACGAAAUAUUUGCCGCAAUUGUGGCAUCAAUGUGAUGUAUGCCCUUUUCCUUUUCCUGGUCUUUUGGAUGACCCUGUCCAACCCCAAUGAACUCAACUGCAUCUACCGCGUCAACUGUGACACAGAAAAGUCGCUAGCUUGCAAGAACAUCCCUGUGCUCAGUACCUUCUCGGUAGGUGGCACAGGUGGCUGCUUCUUAUCAGCACAGCUCAAGUACUGGCAGAAUGUCACGAACUCGCUUGCUGACUACGAGCCCAGUGAUCCUGAUCACCCGGACUGGCUUCCGGAACCAGAGAAUCACUGCCUUCCGCCUGCAGCUACUCUGGCAAAGAUCCCCUUGAAGAGCACAAUCAUCAGCACAGGGAAAGGCUUCAGAUUGUCAAAGGAGUGCAUUGGUCCAAACAAUUGCUAUUCAUGGAGCUUCAAGUGGAUAGUCGCAGUGUGCUUACUGAUCUAUGUUGCCAUCCAUCAUGGCUUCCUGCAGCUUGUGCUUCUUGGCCCGGUGGCACGUGCCUUGCGGGUGCGGCAGCGGGAGGAAGACAAACGCCUUCUUGAUGAUGGGCAGAGCUCGGAUGCCAGCAGUGAUGGAUCUGACUCAGCUGACCAGGCGUAGAGUCAAUGUAAACUGUAAAGGCUGUAAAGGGUAGACUACUUGGAUCUUUUGAGCAUCCUACCUUCGAUGCAGCAAUCUG